CAAAAACUUUAGUUACUAACAAUGGUGAUAAUGAUCAGGGUCAAGAAUCUAAUAAUAAUAAUUUAGAGUAUACAAACAAUGAUUUAGAAUCUACAAAUGAUCGAUUGUUUAAAAAUAAUA